ACAGAGCAGUCGGCGCAGAGUAAAAACGUCACCAGCCAGUGCAGUGGCUCCUGUCGCGCUGAAGCUCUCCAGGAAGCCUCCGAGGUCUUGUCCGAGACUGGGGUCUGAAGGAUGUUGGAGCGACCACCAUGGGCCAUGCCCUGUGUAUCUGUUCAAGGGGGACCAUCACCAUCAAUAAUAAACGCUAUCUUUUAAUCCACAGGCUUGGGGAGGGUGGCUUCAGCUAUGUGGACCUUGUAGAAGGGCUGCAUGAUGGGCGCUUCUAUGCCUUGAAACGCAUCAUAUGCCAUGACAAGGAUGAUCGUCAGGAAGCUCUGCACGAGGUAGAGAUGCACCUGCUUUUUGAGCACCCCAACAUCUUGCCCCUCUGUGCACAUGCCAUGGUAGAGAAAGGAUCCAAACAUGAGGCCUGGCUCCUUUUGCCUUUCCUCAAGAGAGGGACCCUCUGGCAGGAGGUGGAAGCUCUGAAAGAUAAAGGUUCCUUCAUGCCUGAAGAGCGGAUCCUGGUCAUUUUUCAUGGCAUCUGCCGAGGACUGCAGGCCAUUCAUAACAAGGGAUAUGCUCACAGAGAUUUAAAACCAACAAAUGUGCUGCUGGACAAUGAAGAUCAGCCACUGCUAAUGGACCUAGGCUCCAUGAAUCAGGCUCGCAUUGAGGUGCGAAGCUCACGGGAGGCCAUGACUAUUCAGGACUGGGCUGCCCAGCGCUGCACCAUCUCAUAUCGAGCCCCAGAACUGUUCGCUGUUGAGCGUGAAUGUGUUAUUGAUGAACGUGCUGACAUCUGGUCCUUAGGCUGUGUCCUCUACUGCAUGAUGUUUGGUGAAGGACCUUAUGACAUGAUUUUCCAAAAGGGGGACAGUGUGGCCUUAGCUGUGCAGAACCAUCUUACGGUGCCCCAGAAUACCAGGUACUCUCCAGCCUUGGAACACCUCCUCUCUUCUACAAUGGUAGUGAAUCCCCAGGAGCGCCCAUUCAUUGGUGACAUAAUCUGUCAGCUUGAAGCGAUACAGCCACCUCCCACCGGACAGGAUGCCACCCGCAUCUGAGACCACAGAAGGUGUGGUUAAAAACAGCAGCAGCUAGUGGCAUUUCAGCCCAGGUGGGACCACAAGAGAUGAAGUUCAGAGCUUCACAAGACACCAGAGUG